UAAAACUGCUGCUCUCUCCGUCACUCUUCUCUCCCUCUUACGCGGGCGACCGGGAAUUUGAGAUUCAAUAGACGGUUUCCGGGGACUUAUUGAUCGGAAGUAGUGUGUAUAAUAGUGGUUGUUUCUUUGAUGUCGACAGAGAAACUAAUCGCUGCAGGAGCUAUGCGGUCAUCGGAGGAUGACAAUGCAAUGCUGUUCGGUUCAAGAGGCUCCUCCAUACGGCAAUGUAUCGAUACGGAGCGCAUCUUUGAGGAGUUGCCGACCGGAACGAUCGUGUCUGUCUCGAGACCGGAGACCGGUGAUAUCAGUCCUAUGCUCCUGUCUUACGCCAUUGAGUUCCAAUACAAACAGCACAAGUGGCGGUUGCUGAAGAAAGCUUCACAAGUUCUUUACUUACAUUUUGCAUUGAAGAAACGUGUGAUCAUUGCGGAAUUACAUGAGAAACAAGAGCAGGUUAAAGAGUGGCUUCAGAGCUUAGGAAUAGUAGAUCAAGUAGCUGUUGUGCAAGACGACAAUGAACCUGAUGACGGGGCUGUUCCUUUGCAUGAAGAAGAAAGUGUCAGAAAUAGGGAUGUUCCAUCCAGUGCUGCUUUGCCAAUUCUUCGCCCGGCAUUGGGGGGACAGCAAAGCAUGUCAGACAGAGCAAAGGUGGCAAUGCAAGGUUAUUUGAAUCACUUUCUGGGGAAUAUGGACCUUGUAAACUCUCGAGAGGUUUGCAAAUUUUUGGAGGUCUCUAAGUUGUCUUUUUCACGGGACUAUGGUCCAAAGCUGAAAGAAGGUUAUGUGAUGGUGAAGCAUCUACCGAGAAUUUCCGCCUCUAAUGCUGAUAUGAAAUCUUGUCCAUGCCAUUGGUUCAGUUGCUGCAACAACAGUUGGCAAAAGGUGUGGGCUGUCCUCAAACCUGGGUUCUUGGCCUUUCUGGAAGAUCCUUCUGACACCAAACUUCUAGACAUAAUUGUCUUUGAAGUCCUACCUGCUGCCAAUGGGAACAAGGAGCCUAAAGUAUACUUAGCAAACCAGAUUAAAGAACGGAAUCCUUUGCGUUAUGCAUUUAAGGUUUCUUGUGGAAAUCAGAGCUUAAAAUUAAGAACUACAAGUAACGAUAAAGUCAAGGAAUGGGUUGCUGCAAUUAAUGAUGCGGGUCAAAGGCUUCCUGAAGGUUGGUGUAAUCCUCAUCACUUUGGUUCCUUUGCUCCCCCUAGGGGUUUGAAUGAGGAUGGUAGUCAGGCUCAAUGGUUUAUAGAUGGGCAAGCAGCUUUUGAAGCAAUUGCUUUUGCCAUAGAGAGUGCAAAAUCCGAGAUACUCAUUACUGGCUGGUGGCUUUGCCCAGAGCUAUAUCUGAAACGUCCUUUCCAAAGUCAUUCUUCCUCCCGGCUUGAUGCUUUGUUAUCAACAAAAGCUAAGGAAGGGGUGCAGAUAUACAUUCUUCUCUAUAAGGAGGUUUCCAUCGCUUUAAAGAUCAACAGUAUGUACAGUAAGAAAAGGCUUGCUAGCAUCCAUGAGAAUGUGAGGGUACUGCGGUAUCCGGACCAUUUCUCAACUGGUGUAUAUCUAUGGUCACACCAUGAAAAGCUUGUUAUUAUUGAUUAUCAGAUUUGUUUCACUGGAGGCUUGGAUUUAUGCUUCGGGCGUUAUGACACAGUUGAGCAUAAAGUUGGGGAUUGCCCACCUCUUAUAUGGCCUGGAAAGGACUAUUAUAAUCCAAGAGAAUCUGAACCAAAUUCUUGGGAGGACUCAUUGAAAGAUGAACUGGAUCGUCAAAAGCAUCCACGCAUGCCAUGGCAUGACGUCCACUGUGCUUUGCGAGGACCACUUUGUCGUGACAUUGCCAGGCACUUUGUUCAACGCUGGAACCAUGCCAAGAGAAAUAAAGCUCCAAAUGAACACACAAUCCCUUUGCUUAUGCCUCACCAUCACAUGGUGCUCCCUCAUUACAUGGGACAAAGGGGAGAGAGAUAUAUUGAAACCAAGAAUUCAGUAGAAAACCAGAAAGAGGUCAGCAGACAGAAUUCCUUCAGCUCACAAUCACCAUCAGAAGAUAUUCCUCUGCUCUUGCCUCAAGAAGCUAGUGGGCUGGUGGCUUCCGACGCAGACCAGAAGUUAAAUGUCCCGAAAAUAAAUCAUCAUCAUCACGAUCUACCAAAUGGAGUUAAUGGAUGUUACUCAUCCUCAUUUCAGAAGUCAAAACAUGAACCUUCACUUGCCACUGCAGAGAUGGAAACUUCUGUUGACGAAUUUGAUUUUAUGGAUCUUCAUAGUGAAACACAUCAAAAUAUGCUGGGGCAGUCUGGCUCAAAAGUUUCAGAUGAGGAGUCAGAAACAUCAGAGGAAAGUGAUCAUAAUGCUUCUGUUGGUGAAUACGGACAAAUUGGACCACUUAGUUCUUGCAGCUGUCAGGUUAUCAGAAGUGUCAGCCAGUGGUCUGCUGGGACAUGUCAAACAGAAGAAAGCAUUCACAGAGCUUAUUGUUCUCUCAUUGAGAAAGCGGAACAUUUUGUCUAUAUUGAGAAUCAAUUUUUCAUAUCUGGUCUUUCUGGAGAUGAUGUUAUCCAAAACCGACUACUAGAUGCAUUAUAUAAGCGUAUUUUGCAAGCACACAAAAAACAACAGUGUUUUAGGGUAAUUGUUGUCAUGCCACUCUUACCAGGCUUCCAGGGCGGGGUGGAUGAUGGUGGGGCAGCAACAGUGAGAGCAAUAAUGCAUUGGCAGUAUCGGACCAUUUCAAGAGAAAAGACUUCAAUAUUACACAAUCUUAAUGAGGUUCUUGGCCCUAAGACACGCGACUAUAUUUCUUUCUAUGGAUUGAGAUCUUAUGGUAGACUUUUUGAUGGCGGCCCUGUGGCGACAAGUCAGGUUUAUGUUCAUAGCAAACUGAUGAUAAUAGAUGAUCGUGCUGCCUUGAUUGGAUCGUCUAAUAUUAAUGAUAGGAGUUUGCUAGGAUCAAGGGACUCAGAGAUUGGGGUCCUUAUUGAAGAUAAGGAGUUUGUUGAUUCAUCUAUGAAUGGAAAGCCUUGGAAAGCUGGAAAAUUUUCUCACAGUCUGCGCUGCUCACUGUGGUCUGAGCAUCUUGGUCUUCAUCCAGGAGAGAUUGAUCAAAUCAGAGAUCCUGUUUUGGAGGCAACUUAUAAGGAUUUAUGGUUAGCAACAUCAAAGACAAAUACUGCGAUAUUCCAUGACGUCUUCGCUUGUAUCCCCAAUGAACAAAUACACUCCAGAGCUGCUCUCAGACAAAGCAUGGCGCGGUGGAAGGAGAGACAUGGGCACACCACCAUUGACUUAGGAAUCGCCCCUGAGAAGUUAGAACCUUCUGAAACUGGACAAGUGACGGUAACAGACCCAAUGGAGAGACUUAAAUCAGUGAAGGGCCAUCUUGUUUGCUUCCCCUUGGAUUUUAUGUGCCAAGAAGAUCUUAGACCAGUUUUCAAUGAGAGUGAGUUCUACGCAUCUCCUCAAGUAUUUCACUAGACCAUUUGAUUGACCAGUUGGUACAUACAAUAUACAGCAGAUAGGACAAUCUAGUGUACAAGGGUCCUGUCAUUGUGGGAUCCUACAUUGCAGAAAGGUUGUCUCAUAGUUUGAUUUGGGUCACCACUGCAAAGAUGGGUAGCAGACGAGUAGUGUAAGCGACACCAAAAGCACCGACGCUAAUGUAAAAUUGAUACUACUAACAAUAGGAGAUACUAUACAUAGCUGACCACAUUGGCAUUUAUAUAUGCGUUGUAUAGGCUUUAUGCUUGUUUUUUAAUAAGAAGUAGCAGCAUUUGGUUCUGUGAAUUU